AUGCAUUGGAUCCUCACAGCUGCAGAUUUCUUUUCCAAAUGGGUUGAAGCCAUCCACUUGCUCCAUGCCACAGGCAUCGCUGUUACAGCCUUUAUCCGUGAAAAUAUUAUUUGUCGGUUUGGCAUCCCAGUGAUUAUCCUCUCAGAUAAUAGCACCCCCUUCGUUAAUUAUCGGGUUGCUCAGCGUCUUCAGCAAUAUAACAUCACACAGCGCCGAUCUUCUGCCUACUAUCCCAAAGGCAACGGCCAAGCUGAAGCAACCAAUAAAUCUCUCCUUAAGAUCAUCAGUCGCACGGUCGCCGAGCACAAGUUUAAUUGGGUCGAUCAGCUGCCCUUAGCUCUUUGGGCCCAUCGCACCUCCAAAAAGCGUGCCAUAGGCCAAACUCCUUUUUCUCUCCUGUAUGGCACAGAAGCUAUUCUCCCAAUCAAGAUUACCAUUCCUGCUGCUGCUUUGGCCGCUCGAAGCGAGGUCGACCAUUUCACUCAUCUUGAGGCCUUAGAUGAACAGUGGGAGUUAGCAUGCCAACAUCUCAAGGUCGAUAACCUUGUUCUUAAAGCUGUUAAACACAUUAUGCACAACACAUCUGCCACAAAGUUCACCCCCAAAUGGGAAGGGCCCUAUGUUGUCAUUGAGGUCCAACCCAGUGGUUACUGCAGACUGCAGGGUGAUGGGCGCAAGGCUGAACCCAUAAAUUCCAGUUGGCUAAAGUUUUAUCACAGUUAG